AGCUGGCGUUUUUAUGUAUAUCCCGAUAUCCACCUUUGGGACAUAUUACCGGAAAUUGUGACUUGGUAUUUGACACGUGUAAAAAUCGAGAUAACCUCGAUUUGUUAUUCACAAAAAACGCGAUGAUUACGGCGAGAUAAUGAAGCGAAAUUUAGUUAGUCUGAUAAAAUUUAUUACUCUCGCCGUCUUUACCGUUCUUCUGACAAUCGUCAUUUUUCGAUUUAUGCGAGGUACACAAUCUCGCAAUGGACCACAUUCGCUGUCACUACAAAAUGGGGAUGUUUCGUCGGAUAUCAAUAAUGAAUCCUCUAACCAAAAUGCACAAAAUACCGACGUUCAGGAUGAGACGGAAGAUGGGAACAAAAUCGAUUGGCAUGACUACAAGAGGAUCAACAUGGAGAAAAAUCGCAAGGGUAUCGGAGAGCAGGGUAAGCCAGCGGUUUUGUCACCUUCGCUGGAAGUGAAAAAAGAAAAGCUGUAUCAAGUGAAUGGAUUCAACGCUGCCCUUAGUGAUGAAAUAUCGCUGAACCGUUCAAUUCCGGACAUAAGGCAUCCGGAUUGUAAAAAGAAGAAAUAUUCUGCGCACUUGGACUCUGUAUCGGUCAUAGUAUCUUUUCACAACGAGCAUCUGACGACUCUCUUGAGAACUUGUUGGAGCGUAAUCAAUAGAUCACCUAAAGUAUUAUUGGAAGAAAUUAUUUUGGUGGAUGACGCAAGCACAAAAAUAGAAUUGAAAAAAGAACUGUCAGAGUACGUUGAAAAACAUUUGCCAUUGGUGAAAAUAGUGCGUCUGCCAAAGCGAUCAGGGCUCAUAAGAGGAAGAUUGGCAGGUGCUAAACAAGCCAAAGCCAAAGUUCUCGUCUUCCUGGAUUCCCACACGGAGGCAAACGUCAAUUGGUUGCCACCGUUGCUCGAACCGAUCGCCGAGGAUUACAAGACCUGCGUCUGCCCGUUUAUCGACGUCAUAGCGUACGAGACUUUCGAGUACAGAGCCCAGGACGAAGGUGCGCGUGGAGCUUUUGACUGGGAACUUUACUAUAAGAGGCUUCCGCUGCUCCCUGAAGAUUUGAAACGUCCCACCGAACCGUUCAAGAGUCCUGUAAUGGCUGGAGGAUUGUUUACGAUAAGUGCUAAAUAUUUUUGGGAACUGGGUGGAUACGAUCCGGGUCUUGACAUCUGGGGAGGUGAACAGUACGAGCUGUCGUUCAAGAUUUGGCAAUGCGGUGGUCAAAUGUUAGAUGCCCCGUGUUCGAGAGUCGGACACAUAUACAGAAAAUUUCCACCAUUUCCCAACCCUGGAAGAGGCGAUUUUUUGGGUAAGAAUUAUAAGAGAGUUGCUGAAGUUUGGAUGGACGAAUAUGCUGAACACAUUUAUCGUCGACGUCCGCACCUUCGAGCUCUCAACCCUGGCAACCUCACCGAGCAAAAAGCUCUUCGAGCGAAACUCCAAUGUAAAUCUUUCAAAUGGUUCAUUGAGACGAUCGCUUUCGACCUUGUCGAAGUUUAUCCACCGGUCGAACCGGACGAUUUCGCUCACGGUGAAAUACGCAACAUCGGCGCUUCCAAUCUUUGCUUAGACAGUAAAAAGAAAAAGAAGGACGAGUUCAUCGAAGCAGACGUUUGCUCAAAAGACGAUCCGUCGAUCGACGGCGAACAAGAAUUUCGCCUCACUUGGCACAAAGACAUCAGACCGAAGAGUCGUGCCGAUUGCUUGGACGUUUCCCGGGGUGAUUCUAAAUCACCCAUUAGUUUAUAUCCUUGUCAUGGCCAGCAUGGCAACCAACUGUGGCGUUACGACGUCGAAAAUCAAUGGCUGAAACACGUCAAUUCCGAAAGAUGCUUGGACAUCAAUCCCUCAAAUAAAAAAGUAUUUGUAACUAGUUGCGAUGCAGCGUCCUCCACGCAAAAAUGGAGAAUCGAGACUGUCAACAUGAAGGCUAUUAACGAUUGGGCUAAUAUUGGCUCCAAACACCAAUAGAAACACUUUUACACUCUUCUAGACCAUUCGUAUUAAAUUUAUUUUCGUUUUUCAGAAUGAGUAGAGAUCAGGCCAUCGAAAUUAACGUCCUUACAACCAGCCAAGAAUUAUUUUCUUGUACAGAAACGUUGUUAUCGUCGACUAGUCACUGCCGAUGAAUACCCUUAUUUUCUUGUCUUGGAAUGAUUUUCCAUUUCCUUUUUGAGUUUUUGCAACGUCAUGAACAACGCGUAUUAAUCAUUCUGAAAACUGAGAUUAUCAGUAUUGCUAUAGAAGCAGGAGCUAUUUUUUCAACAUCGCAAACUUCAUAUUCCAAGGAACUCAAGUUUCAAUGAAUUCCUUUCAUUUAUUCCUUUACUUUGGAUGUUUUUUAUCACUGAAAUCCAUACUCAUUCUUGAAAAAAGGUAAUUGUGCCUUAUAUUCAAUGGUGCAUACACUAUAAUAGUAUUAUUAUUAUUAUUAUUGUUUCUCUUAUUGAGAUUGUAAUGAAACAAACGUGGGAUCAAUUUUCAAUUGCUCAAUUUAAUAUUAGUUUAACGAUUUUUUAAAACAAUUCAUCGUUAUUACCUAACAUUGUUUAUUAUUCAAAUCGUACGUAUAUUCGAUUACUAAUAUUAUUUUUAAUGUUCUUCGAGAAUACUCAUCGUGAGUCUAAAGAAGUACGUGACAUUUCUUCGGACCUGAUACACGAGGAUUUUAACUGGUGAAAAUGAAAAAUUGCUGAGACACGUGCAAUCUUGCCAUUAGCCUGAUAAAUCGGUUAUGCAUUUAAUAUGUAUUUUUAUAUAAUUAUCAUAUUGUAUAAUAAAAUUUUAUUACAAAAUGAUUUUUACCA